AUGGCGACUCACACCACGGCCCUUGUGGUCCUAACAUUCUUGCUCCUGGUGAUGUUCGCUUCCCCGGCGACAGCUUUCGGCGCGGGGAACAUCGCAUCUAUUGCCAAGAUUGAAGGUCAUAAUUGGCGUCACGGAGAUAUUGAGGAUACCUUAAAGACAUUAUUGGCCCUUCAUGGAGGAAAAUGGACUGCAAUGAAUAUAAGGCGCGUUUAUUUCGGAAACUGGUUGCGUGAUUAUUCGCAGGCACUGGAUGUGGGCACACUAAAAAGCGUCAACAAAGAUACCAUAAGGGUUCUUGUUUGGGUUUUAAGUUUUUUGAGCUUUGGAUAUGCUACUGGAGAAUUCGAAGUGACAGAGGAGAGGCUAGGUGUUUAUAGGCCUGAGGAGCAUAUAGAUAACCCUAAGGACUAUGCCGAUAACCUCGAUGCACGGGUUUACGAUCCACGUCUUCGUCAUCCAGUUCAAAAUAUCGAACUAGAUAUCGACCCGAUGACCUAUAUGAAGAAUUAUAUAGCCAACGAAGCCGGCGGAUGGGCCACCUCAUCCGGCUACGUUAAGCAUUCGUUGCUUCGAUCAAUCCAUUACGGUCGUCUGUAUACCUCCGGCGGGGCUGGUGUUGCAGGCAACGAGGCAGAUCUUUGCGAAGCUCUACGAUGUCUUGGACAAGCCUUACAUUGUCUCGAAGAUUUCUCUGCGCACAGCAACUAUGUCGAGUUGGCACUGAGGGAGCUUGGAUUUUUGGCUGUAUUCCCGCACACCGGCACAAACACGGGGCGUCCCCUUGGAAAGAACUUUGUGUUCCCUCUCGUUACUGGAACCUUUGGCGCAGUUGAUUUCUUACAUUCGGUUCUUGGGGAGGCCCAAGACAAAUUUUCUCAAACGGAGGUUGACGAACUCAACGUUGCUCUUGGGGAGGCGCACGAACAACAGAAGAAGUCCAAGAAGACUGGACAAAAAUCAGUGCUCCAAGACCUUCUCGGUCAACUUCCAAAUAUGAGUGCGUUUUCUAGCGACGCUGAUAGACUUGAGGCCGACUCCAACGCAAAGGAAAUGGCAAAUAUGCAUAUAUCACCACAGGGAACACGGGGCCCUGGUCCAGCUGGCCCGGGUUCAUUCGACCCUGUAAAAACUGCUAGGGAUAUCUAUCCUAUUCUUGAAUUCCGUGACAAGGUCAUGCGUGCGAUCGAAUCCACUAUUGAAAAGAUCCCAGGUCUUUCUGCUCUUGUUGAGAAGAUUUCUGACACCCUUGCCCUCUUCGUUCUCGGUCUCCUUGCCCCAUAUGUCCAGCCCAUCAUCGCACAGGUUUCGAUGGAGCUGAAGACGGGCUCGUCAAUGGUUGUUGACUCUUCUGCUGCGCACCAAUUUGAGCCAUGGGAUGACCCGGAUUGCACGAACCCCACUCAUUCGCUUCUCUCGAAAGACCAUUUCUCCAAUAAACUUAACACUCCUGCCGGUGAAAUUGCUGCUGCUAUUGUUAGUUAUGUCGUUCCACGAGUUGUCCACGCAUGGGAAAGACCUGAAGCACCCUUGGAAAUCAUCAUCCCACAAAUCAUUAGCAUCUUUCAUCAUCCUGCUCUACGACAGGUUGGCCAAGAUUUCGAAAUCCAGGGGAUCAUGUUCUCUACAGUACAGAGAUGGGUUGAUCGACUUCCUGACCGUGGUGCCAGCCUCAGCGAUUCCCUUUCAUCCGAUGGUGUCCGACAAGGCAGGAAUCAUGAAGGUGGUGUGUUCGCGGGAGGCCACGGCGGUGGCCAUGGGAAAACCAAAUGUGGGGAAUGGGAGAAGACGAAGAAGGGGAAAAAAGAUGGGAAAGGGAAAAAGAACGAUCCUUUCGCAAACAUUCCGGGUGUAUCUAGUACCUCUGGUGGUGGAGUGAGUGUUGGUGGUAUAAAGCUACCGGGAGCAAUAGGUGGGGCGUUAGGGGGGUUCUUGGAUGCUGCUAACCAAGGCUACAACGAUGCAAACCAGAAGAAAUCAAAGGAUGGAAAAUCAAAAGAGAAGGACAAAGAUGAGAAAAAGAAGAAGGAUAAAUACGAUGAUCAGUAUGAAAACACUGGUGAGAAAAAGGAUAAGAAGGACAAGAAAGACAAGGACAAGGAUAAGUAUAGAGAAAAGGACCACAAGGACAAAGAUAAAAAGGAUAAAAAAGAUAAGAAGGACAAAAAGCACAGAGACGACGACUCAGGCGAUGAACGACGCCGACAUGAUCAACACAGCGGGUAUAGGUAUUGA